AAGACUUUAUUCGUGCUGGGAGGUUUUUCUUUGUUGAAACUUGUGUUGCAGUUAUUGAGAUAAUCAUGUCUUCGGAGAGAUCCUUGAGAGAUUUCAUCAGGCAACGGCUGACUGCCGCCGGCGAUGAUACGUUUUCCGCUUUCCAGAGCAAGAUCGUUGAGUGUGAACAGCAGAUCGAUAGUCAGCGCAGGAUUCUGGACGUCGCACUGAAACCAGAUGUGAAGCUGCACAGAAUAGACUCCCUGAAACAUGAAAAUGAAGAGGAAGAAGUUCCCUCUGACCAGCAGCUCACCAACCAGGAUUCCAGUCUGGAUCAGAGUGAGCCCCAACCCCUGCAGAUUAAAGAGGAACCAGAGGAACCAGAGGAACCAGAGGAACCAGAGGAACCAGAGGAGCUCUGCACCAGUCAGGAUGGACCGCAGCUACCGACCACCACAAAGAUAAGCAACACAAAAAGAAAAUACCGAAGAAGGAAAGAUCAAACAAUCGACACAGAUUUAAAGCCGUAUUUAUGCAAAAUGUGCGGUACACAUCUUGCAAGUAAGUCUGGUCUGAAGUACCACAUGCGGAUCCACACGGGCGAGAAGCCAUAUCAUUGUAAGACAUGUGACAAACGCUUCAGUAAGCGUACCAACUUCCUUCUCCACAUGAGGAUCCACACAGGUGAGAAGCCAUAUCAUUGUAAAACAUGUGGCAAGAGAGUUACUGACCCAUCAGCUUUCAAAAGACAUUUGUCGACCCACACUGAUGAGAAGCGUCAUUCUUGUGAAAUAUGUGGUAAAAGUUUCAAACAUACCAAUUCCUUGCUGUGCCACGUGAGAUAUCACACAGGUGAUCGCCCUUACCCAUGUGACCUUUGUGGGAAUCGUUUUGUCAGUUCAUCUAAGCUACAACGGCAUGUCAAAACUCACAACAAACCACGUGUACGGGAAAAGAUUUAUUUUCGCGCGUCGUUGACGGGUCUUAUGGGAGAUGAUACAAGCGAGAAGGCAGACUGAAGGGUUUUUCAUUUCACUUUCUGUUUUUUUUUUUUUUCUUUCUGUUUUUAAAAGUCACAUGAGAUGUCAACGCAGGCGAAAAGUUUAGUUGUGAAACUAAAUUUCCGCUCAUGCAAAAGUUAGGAACAUCUGUUUCAGUCCUUUUUGGGGGGGGGGUUUGUGUGUAAAAACAUAAAAAAGUUAAUAUGAUCCUGCUGGCUCUUGGCGUUGAGAAAAUCCCACUCCAUAGAAACAACAACAUAUGAAUUUUAACACCAUGCUAUUAUUUAUUUAUUUAACAAAAAAUGAAAGUGAAAAGAAAACCAAACAUCAUGUGGGUAAAAUUAAGUUUAUCCAAGAGUCUGUAGUUUAUAGAGCCAUUUUAAGCAGCAAUAACUUGGAACAGUCAUUUUCUCUGUGACUUUAUGAGUCUCUCACAUCAGUUUUGUGAAAUUUUGGCCCUUUACCUUGUACAGCAUUGCUUCAGUUCAUUGAGUUUUUUUUGGCAUUCGCUACAUGGCUCUCUUAACCUUUAGAACUUGGAGCAUUUAGACUUUUUAUCUUCAAUUUUCCUUCACUCUUGCCUUAAUUUUUCCCACUAUCAUCUUAAAACAUAUAGAGGUUAUAAGAAUCUGCAAUAAAGUGACUUAAAUGCUUUUUCAGCACAGCCUAGGUAAUCUAAUGAUUUUUUUUUCUCUUUGAUUUUCACCAGCUAAACGAGCACCUGAGGAUAAACGCACACCGAAUUUCAAAACUGGGAUUUAAUUAUUUUGAUUCAACUCCUUAUGCACCGUCAAUAAGUUACGUCACAGUUCAAAGUUCUUUUUUUAAAUGAACAAAAUCACAGAAAACCUGUCUAUUUUUUUGUUCUCUUUAAUUAUUUCUACUUCCUGUUUUAAGGAAAUAUGCGAUAUAAGUCUUUUUUAUAUGAAUCUGCUUAUCUCUUAUAUAUGCUCUUUAAUAAGGGAAAAGUAUGUAUCUAAUUGUUUUGGUAUGCAGAGGAGUACCCAGGUGUUAUGGCUGUAAAACAACCCCCAAUCAUGACCCCUCCACUGCCAUGCUUGACAACUGUUAUAAGGUGUUUCUGCUGAAAUGCUGGGUUUGUUUUUGUUUUGUUCUACCCCACUGAUUAUGGUGCUGGACAUUUUAAAGCCAAACAACUCCACUUAGGUCUCAUCUGUCCAGAAGACAUUCUUCAGGGGAUCUUCCAGUUUGCUCAAGUGCAGUUUUGCGAUCAUCAAUCCUACUUGCAUGUUCUUUUUAGACAGGAAUGUUUUCUACUUAGGAAUAACCUUUCUUACUGGGGAACAUUGAACUCCAAAUUGUUUGGAAAUGGCUUUAUAAGCCUUUCCACAAUGAGCAGUUCCUUGAGACCACUGUUUAUGUUAUGUUAUCUUACCCCCUUGAUGCUGAGGGUUACCAAAAGAUGUGCAUUUAUGGAGGUCGGCAAAUCUGCUGAUGCUCACCUGGCUUCAUCUUGGCCUCUUAAAUUGAACGUAAGCAGCGGGAAGAAGAGGGAAAUAGUAUUGCCCAUCAUCGUUUUGUCUUCAUUGUUUAAAAUAAUCAUGAUAAUAGUAGGGUCAAAAAGAUGAAUAUGUUGUAUAUUUUGCGAUACAAAGGCCCACUUUGGUCAGAUGACUUCUAUUAUGUUAUAUAUAUAUAUACCCCAAAAACAAACAAAAAACAAUGAUGUAGGAAGAGGUGGUAAUAAACUUUGUAUAUGUAUCACAGAAAUGUAUAAAAAGAAUUUAACGUGCCUUGUGUUAGAGGUUUAAUAUAGGUUCUGAUCUACGUUUGAAUCAAUCUUUAACAUUUUUCCUCUGGAUGGAUGGUGACCAUUCUGGAAAUGCAUACAUCGAUAGUGUUGCUCAGAAAAAUAUAAUUUUGAAAGACUUGCCUAAAGAGAUGUAAAGAAUAUUGGAAUUAAAUUGCACCUAAAUUGAUGAGUGAUUAUCUCAUUCCUUAAUAUUUGUGAAAUAAAGUCUUUAAACAGUUUUUUCAAUGAAUGUUUUUAUGUUGAAAAAAAAAAAAGAACUACUUUUUGUCUUUUUGUAUUAGAUUAUUAUUUUUUACCUGUAUUUUUUUUCUUUUUAACCAACUCCACGCCUGCUUUAUGGACUGCUGAUGCUCCAUGUAAGAUGGAGUUUUUUUUUUUGUUAUCUUUUAUGUGACUGAAUCUUAAAGUUCUUGUUUGAAAUUGUGGAAUGGACACCGACAGGUUGUUUUGUUUGAAAUUCCAAAAUUCAGAAUAAAGUUGUUUUUGUUACUUUC